AUGGUAAAAUCAAGAAAAAAGAGUGAUCACUUGCAAGACCUGAGAAUGGUUUUUGACCUACUACGAAGGUACCAACUCAAAAUGAAUCCUUUAAAGUAUGCAUUUGGGGUUACCUUUGGAAAAUUCCUUGGCUUUGUCGUUCGACAUCGGGGGAUAGAAAUUGAUCAAGCCAAAGUAGAUUCAAUCGUGAAGAUGGCCGAGCCAAGAAACAUCCAUGAGUUGAAAAGUCUGCAAGGGAAGCUGGCGUAUCUUAGGAGAUUCAUCUCAAAUCUAGUAGGGAAGUGUCAGCUAUUCAGUCGUCUCAUGAAGAAAGCGGCUCCUGUGCCUGGAAAGCCAUUGAUACUAUACAUAUCGGCACAAGAAAGUUCAGUUGGAGCACUCUUAGCCCAAGAGAAUAACAAAGGGAAAGAAAAUGCCCUUUACUACUUGAGUAGGAUGAUGACGCCAAAUGAGUUGAAGUAUUUGCCGAUUGAAAAGUUGUGUCUGGCCUUAGUCUUCUCGAUUCAGAAAAUGAAACACUACUUUCAAGCUCAUGUAGUUCGUCUUAUUUCCAAAGCAAACCCCAUCAAAUUUGUGAUGUCCAAACCUGUCCUUAGCGACCGACUAGCAAGGUGGUAUCUCCAAUUUCAACAAUUUGAGAUUGUGUACGUUCCUCAAAAAGCUGUGAAAGGGCAAGCAUUGGCGGAUUUUUUAGCAGACCAUCCAAUACCCGAUGACUGGGAAUUAACUGAUGAACUACCCGAUGAGGAUGCGAUGGUCAUUGAAAUUCAACAGCCUUGGAAGAUGUAUUUUGAUGGUGCUGCACAUCGCGAAGGAGCUGGCGCUGGUGUGAUAUUUGUCACUUCUCAGGAGGAGGUCUUACCGUAUUCCUUCACUUUAACACAAUGUUGCUCCAACAAUGUUGCGGAAUAUCAAGCACUCAUACUUGGGCUUGAAAUGGCUGUUGACAUGAAGCAGUUACAAUUACAAGUCUUUGGAGAUUCUGAAUUGAUAAUCAAUCAAUUGUUGGGUACCUACGAGGUCAAAAAGCCAGAAUUGCGUCCCUAUCAUAACUAUGCACAAAAAUUAAUUGGGUGGCUCGACAACGUAACUCUCCAGCACGUGCCAAGAAAGGAAAAUAAGAAGGCUGAUGCUUUGGCUUCAACAUUGAAUUUACCUGACCAAGCGCAAAUCACUAUCUGCCAGAAAUGGAUAGUACCGCCGGAGGACGAUGAGGAUGAAGAAAGCAAACUCGAGCUUCUUGUGGUCGUUUCUGAAGUUGAGAAAGUCGAUUAG